UGACGAGCGCUUGGCAACACUCACCGUCGUGCUAAGUCCGACUUGAGGGCUGCGAGUCAAUCCGUGGCAGGAUGACACGCACGGAGCAUACGCUGCACCCUCUGCAGGCGUUUCCUGUCUACUCCCUUGCGUUCGUCAGCGAUUCAAGACUUGUGGUGGGCGGUGGGGGCGGAGCAAGCAGGAGUGGGAUCAAGAACAAGCUCAGACUAUACGAAGUCGAUAGCGCCAAUCUAGGGCUCAAACAGCUCUCCGAACUAGAGCUUGAGACAGGGGAAGAUGUCCCUAUGACGAUCUCUGCUCCUCUUGCGGGAGACCCACAUAUCGUCUGCGGGAUCAACAGUGCUGCUGCCCGCAUUCUGGAAGGGGGGAAUGAGAACUGCCGGGUAUAUGAUACGGAGGGAGAUGAGGUCAAGUAUGAUCGAGCGAGGGGAACGAUCACGGGGAACGAUUCGGAGAUCUACCAGAAAGUGACGACCUUCAGUCCGGAUAGGAAAAUGGUUGCUGUAGGCAGCACGGAUAACACCGUCGCCGUGCUGACCUAUCCCGGGCUAGAGGACGUAUGCGAGUUGCUCAAGGUGCAGGACGGGGAGUUAUAUGACGUGUCCAUCUCUGAGCAACAUGUUUUGCUCACGGCAUCAUCACAUUUGGAACUUUACCCAUUACCGAGGAAUGAAAAAGAGAAGGGGAAAGCAAAACUGGAACUCACAAAACGCAUAGAACGGCCAACACUAUCGAGGACCAAGCCGGACAAAGUCGUCUUCCGUGCCGCCCGGUUCUCGCCCUCUCAACCAGAUCGCCUCUUCACUGUACUCAACCCCUCCGGCGGCGCACGCUCCAAGUCGCGCGGUGCUAAGGAACCCACGAGCUCUUAUAUCUGUCGGUGGGAUAUGAAUACUUGGAGUGUAACACGCUCCCACCGAGUGGACAACAGGCCUGUGACGGUGUUCGAUGUGAGCGCAGAUGGAAACCUGCUUGCUUGGGGUUCGUCCGAUUUGAAGAUUGGGGUACUGGAUGCAAAGACACUCUCGCCCCUGCUGCAGAUAUUGAAAGCACACGAGUUCCCCCCUACUGCACUUAAGUUCAGUCCUGAUGCUAGACUACUCGUCUCCGGCAGUGCAGACAACUCUCUCCGGCUGGUACAUGUUCCCUCCGGUAGACCGUCAUCAACAUUCCCAACAACAACCGUAGUCCUCAUCAUACUCCUCGCUAUCCUCCUCGCUUUUCUCAUUCAACAAUACCGCUAGCCUCCUCACUCCAAUCAUUGGUUAUCAUGGGAAACUGCUUUAAUUUUUGCCUCUGGUCCUUUGGCUUCGUACAUCCAACGGUACAUGCUCUAAUGACUCAGACGUACUCACAAUGACUUCGAUAUGGGAAACUCUGGUCGGGGAGCUUCGGGAAGCUAUGCGCGUGGUCUAAUUUGCGGGGUUGUGCCAUAUUUAGGCGUGGGCCGCGGCCCUCCUUCUGUAUGUCAUAACAGUGUUGACAGCUAGUUCAGGCAUAUUACUUGACAAUGGCAUAUC